GUCUCAUAACAUCGGCAGGCAUCACCGGGGGAGACAGCUGAGAGCUAGCUGAGAGAGAAGCUCGGUCACUUCUGCAGAGUUCAUUUUAUUGCCGCUGCGCCUCCAGUUCACCACAGUCAGACAACAACAAAAGAAAGCCGUCCCUCGCCCUGACAGCUCACGGCGCAGUCUCACAUUAACGGACGGCGCGUUUUGUUUUAUUCAGGAACUCAGAGACACUGAACAGUUUAAAAGAUGACGACUUCGUGGAGUGACAGAUUGCAAAAUUACGCAGACCUGCCCGCCAACAUGGACGGCCUGGCUAUGAAAAAGUACAGGAGGGAGCCGUACCACAGGAUUUUUGUCAAUAGAAGCUUGGCAAUGGAGAAAAUCAAAUGCUUCGGCUUUGACAUGGAUUACACUUUAGCAGUCUACAAGUCGCCUGAGUACGAGGCGCUGGGCUUUGAGCUGACGGUGGAGCGGCUUGUGUCCAUCGGUUAUCCCCAAGAGCUGCUCAGCUUCGUCUACGAUCCAUCAUUUCCCACCAGAGGCCUUGUGUUUGAUACCAUGUAUGGAAACUUGCUGAAGGUUGACGCUUAUGGUAAUAUCCUGGUUUGUGCCCAUGGAUUUAAUUUCUUUCGAGGCCCUGAUAUACGUGAACGAUAUUCGAACAAGUUUAUCCAGCGGGAUGACACAGAGCGUUUUUAUAUCCUUAACACACUCUUCAACCUUCCAGAAACCUACCUUUUUGCUUGUCUUGUGGAUUUUUUCUCAAACUGUGACAGAUACACAAGCUGUGAAUCGGGCUUUAAAAAUGGUGACCUCUUCAUGUCCUACAAGAGCAUGUUCCAGGACGUCCGGGACGCGGUGGACUGGGUUCACUUCAAGGGAACCCUGAAGGAGAAAACGGUAGAGAACCUGGAGAAGUAUGUGGUGAAAGAUGGGAAACUCCCACUUCUCCUGAGCCGAAUGAAUGAAGUAGCCAAAGUUUUCCUGGCUACUAACAGCGACUACAAAUACACAGAUAAAAUUAUGAGUUACCUGUUUGACUUCCCUCAUGGCCCCAAGCCUGGUACUUCUCACCGGCCCUGGCAGUCUUACUUUGACUUGAUCUUGGUGGAUGCCAGAAAGCCUCUCUUCUUCGGGGAGGGAACCGUCCUCCGACAGGUCGACACGACCACAGGACGCUUAAAGAUAGGCACCUACACAGGACCUCUGCAGCAUGGGAUCGUGUACUCGGGAGGCUCCUCAGACAUUGUGUGUGACCUUCUGGGGGCCAAAGGGAAGGACAUUUUGUACAUCGGGGACCAUAUAUUUGGAGACAUCCUCAAGUCUAAGAAGCGUCAGGGAUGGAGAACGUUCCUGGUUAUCCCAGAGCUGGCUCAGGAGCUGCACGUGUGGACCGACAAAAGCUCACUAUUCGAGGAACUUCAGGGCUUGGACAUUUUCUUGGCAGAGCUUUACAAACAUCUGGACAGCAGCAGCAACGAGAGGCCUGAUAUCAGCACCAUUCAGAGAAGAGUCAAGAAAGUCACGCAUGACAUGGACAUGUGCUACGGCAUGAUGGGUAGCCUUUUCCGCAGCGGCUCCAGACAGACUCUCUUUGCCUCCCAGGUGAUGCGUUACGCUGACCUGUAUGCCGCCUCCUUCAUCAACCUGCUGUAUUACCCCUUCAGCUACCUGUUCAGAGCCGCACACGUCCUGAUGCCUCAUGAGUCGACGGUUGAACACGCCCACGUGGACAUCGACCUGGAGUCGCCCCUGGCCACUCGUAACCGCUCCCAGUGCAACGAUUGCAAGGACCUGGAGUGCAAACGCAAUCACCUGACCCGCUCCUUCAGUGAGAUCAAGCCUCCCAACCUCUUCCCCCAGACUCCUCAGGAGAUCACCCACUGCCACGACGAGGACGACGAUGAGGAGGAGGAGGAAGAGUAAUGAAACAUCCUGCAGAGUUGAGCCACGUUCCUGUUCCUGUCGCCUUAUGUUUCCUGUAGAGUGGAGUCGGGAUCUCUCUCCGAGGCGGGAAACGCCUCCUCAAUGCGUGUGUUUGUUUGUGUGCUCAUAUUUACAGUAAAUAUACAUCAAUGCACACGAACAGAUUAACGCACACAUGUGGGAGAAGAAUAUCACGCAUGCUCGGCUCUCUAAAACAAAAAACGCCACCCUGAGUAAUCUUCUCAUCAGACGCUAAUUUUUUAUAGUAGUUUUGUAACCGAAUCGUGUUUACGUUGUAACCCUGCAAAUUCAGCUAUACUGUAAUUCUAACUAUGAAACAAGCUACAGGGAACGCACUUUACCAUCAAUUGGAGCGCUCAUCUGAGUGUUCAAAACAGACUUUUUCUGAUGUUUGGGAACAAUGGUCGGCUUUUUAUCCACUUAAUUCAUUCUAACUCUUACUGAAGGGAAUGUAGCAUCCUGACAGGCAUUAGGGGUCAGUUUUACUAAACCUCAGCAGCUCUGAAGCUAAAGCUGGUGUCGACACAGACCAUUAUGCAUGGGCUCGAGUGGGGAGUGCUGAGGACAGAGUAUUGUAGCUGCAUUUUCUCCUUAUUCUCUGUAAGAGCCCCGACAUACUGUGGUGUUUAUGUAACUAACCACGUGUCACGGUUGCAUCCCAAGCAGGCUGACCUGCAGUAUUUCAUUUUAGCUCAGGCUUUUAUGAAGAUGAAACUUGAACAUUGCAUUACACUAUAAAGAAGUAGAGCUGAUUUGCUCGGUCUUUCAUGGUGCCUAGACGUGGAGCUUUUCAGUGUGCAGAAGGUGUUGGCUUGUUUAGUGGUUUUAGGAUGUUUUAUUUCCACACGUAUAAACUUCUAAUCAUUUCAUAGGAGGAAAUAUACAGACUUUCUGAUGACAGUAUUUUUCUGUCUGCCUCUUAACACUGUGAUUAUUUUAUUAUAGGCUCGGUUCAGGCUGCGGUACCUAUCUUUGAUGAUUAAAAAAAAACAAAACCCUUCUAAUUUUUAAUGAUUUAUUUAGAGUAGUAUCAAUGUAUUAAGUCCCUGUGUUUAAUCUUCGGUUAAUUAAAAUAUACUGGAAAACAAGGUUUCAGAUAUUGUAUAAAUCCAAUUUUAAAGUAAGGUUAGUGCUGAUUCUUGAUAGGACAACAUUUUGCUGCUCCUCCUGUUUAGACUGAGCUGUACAACACAGCAGUGUCAGCAUUUUAAAACACAGACCCACACUCUGCAGUGAGCUUUAAGCAGUCACUGCAGCAACCUAACUUCCCACAACACGCAGCUCCAAAAGCUGACAGACACCUACAAAAUGUUCAGUCUUUAGUGAUGUUGUUAUUCCAACCACUUAAUCUCUCGAUUCUGUGAUGCUGACUUCUGAAGGGAAGCAUCUACUCUGGUAUAUUUUCCUGUAAACAAACAACUCCUAGUAGAGAAUAAACAAGUAAUUAAAACAUGUGCUUUUAGUUUUUUAAAGCAGUAAUCUUCUAACACCUUUACUUUUCAAAUUUUGGUCAGAUCACGUAAAGAAAUUGGCUGUGAUUGUGGUAAACCCUACAGCCACAGACAGGAACAGAGGUAAAAACAGAAUUUACCAGGUGCUGAUCUGGGUUUUUUUAUUUGCUUUAAAAUCACUAAACACACGUUAUUAGAAUAUUUAACAGGUUCAAAGUGUUCAUUUUUAGUUGAAGAGUUAUCUAUUAAGUUAAAAUCAGGAAAAAAGCCAGUGACUCUGACCUCUAAGUAAUGCCAAGGAAACAAGUUAAUCUUGUUAAAACAACUCAGUACUAACAUUUGAAGUAGAGAGAUUAGAAUCCCUCUUUUUUUCCCCACUGAUUUUACUAUAAUUUCAUUUAUUAUCACACAGUAAUAUAUAUGUUCAGCACUAGUAGGAUAAUGUGAUGCUUUAUGUUUUUAAAAAAGCAAUAAAAUCACAUUACAUUGUCUGUCCAAACUCCCAGUUACACAUAGGGAGAAAGUGUUGGUGGGAAAAAUAAGCUUUCAGGGGUUUAAACCUGGGUUUAACUCUGGUUUAAACUGGUUUUAGUGUUAUUGUACUAAAAGAAAAUUGAACUUCAUUUUUUUUUUCUUCAUUAAUGCCGUUUUCUCAGCCUUUGUUGUAAUUGUUGCCUGUCAAGAAAAGCAAUAGAAAGUGCUGUGAUAUUUUUUUAUUCUUUUCACUAAUGUUUGGUUUGGCCUGGCUUUGGUUUAGAGAGAAGUGAAUGUGUUUCAGCUUAAUGUAACUCUACUUUGAUGUUGUUGGCAAACAUCUGAGCUUUUUUCUUACCAAAAUCUUUUUAUAUUUUCCUGUUUUCUUUUUAAAUUUUGCAGCUGUAGAAGCCUAUAAUGGCAGCUGCAUAAACUGCAUAUUGAUGCAGUUGAUAUCCAGUCAUUUUCUCUGAAAUUGAAACAUGAAAUUAUUUUUUUUUUUUUUACCAUGUCAGCAUAGUUUACACACAUGAAACACAGAAAGCCUGUACAGAUAAUCUUAAAUUUGAUAAAAUAUGGUUAGUAUUGAAGUACAUUAACUAAUGCGUUAGUUGAGAUUUUUCUAAGUACUUUUAAAAUGGUCUCCGCUUACAAAACUGUAGAUUUUUUUUUUUAUUAUUAUUUUACUCAAAAUAACAUUUGUCUUUCUUUUUUAACCCUACUGCAGAGGUGUAACAUUCAGUCCUUCCUAAUAAAGCCUAAUCAAGAGUUUUGCAGCCUACAUUAGAUUUUUAUUCAUUGUAGUGUUGCUAGGAUACAUUAUAACAGCCUUCUCUCAUUUAAAAAAAAACUCCAUCUUUUGUUUUUCAUGCAUAUCA